UAUCAAUUUUCUGUUCUAUCUCUAGCUAAGACUGCCACUUUAAGUAAAAUAUAAUGUUGUGUGCAAUGAAAGGAAAGCACUAAUGUUCUAUUAUUCCUCUGAAUGAGAGCAAAACCAGCUUAAUUAGGAAGACCAAAGUUGCUGAACAUUAUGGGUCUCUUGCUUCUGAAGAAGAUUGGUCUCCUCUUCCUCCUCAUUUCAGCAUCACUUCUCUCAACUUCACUUGCAGGCAGACAAUCCAAGUUUGUGAGCAAGUUGGCCAAUGAAAUGGGUGAAGCUCAUGAGGAAAAAGCAUCAGAGGAGCAAUUAAACCAUGAGGAAAUGAUCACUACCAUACAUGAAAGGCUUCUCAGGGUUAACACCAAAGACUACGGAAAGUACGAUCCAGCUCCAGCACUUGUCAAGCCUCCUUUUAAACUCAUACCCAACUGAUCAUGAUGUUGCUCAAGUCGUCAAAUGUUGGAAGUCUAUAUAUAUAUAUAUAUGAAUAAAUAAUCAAAACAAUCUAGAGUAUGGUAUGCCUUUAAUAUAUAUUAUAUAUAUCUUCAAUCGGCAUACCAAGUUUCAGAGAUGUUAUUAGGAUCAGCACAUCCCUAGUGAUGUGUUAUAUGGUUUCUUUUGAAGAUGGUAUGUGUGUAUAUGUCAUAUGAUAUAUGUUUAUACGUUAUGUGGUAUGUUUACAGUAGUCCUCGGCUAUAUCAUGAACUGGAUCGUAUCCAAAAUUUUAAUAUCUAUGUAAUUACGUAUGGGGAUGUUAAAUUUUUGUAUUAUGUAUCUCUGCUUGCUC